AUGGCACCAACACUGACAGGUGGGAACCCGCACAUUGUCCAUCUGCCUUCGACGACUGCAUCAUCACCCUCUGAGCCCCGUACAAUCAUACAGCAAUGGUUCACAGCUCUGGAAAACCAACUGUCUCAGCCUCACUCCAUUGAUCUGAUAAACCUCUUUCACUCAGAAUCAUGGUGGCGUGAUAUGAUUGCUCUUGAUUGGGACAUGCGUACUAUGCACACAGCUGCUGAAAUUCAAGACGUCCUACGCAAGCGACAGAGCCAGGCACGACUUUCUCACUUUCAACUGCAGGACAAAGGUCAAUUUAAGCCGAAGUUCGAGCAUGUCGUAGACGGAAUUUGCUGGAUUUCUAGUAUGUUCUUUUUUGAGACUGCCGUUGGGAAGGGUGCGGGUAUGGUGCGCUUGACGCAGACUGCGGAGGGUGGGCCAUGGAAGGCAUAUGCUGUGUAUACUUCCUUACAGAAACUUAAGGGCGUAGAUGAACCUCUUGGUAAACUUCGGCCCGAGGGGACGACUGAAUCUAUGCCUGGUGGUCUCGCUGGUGGGACUUGGAUCGAGCGACGGGAGCGACAGAAGGAGUUUUUGGAUGAGGAGCCCGUGGUUUUGGUCGUUGGAGCUGGGCAGUCAGGUCUGAAUAUGGGUGCUCGGCUGCAGAGCCUUGGUCUUUCUUGUCUAAUUGUAGACAAGCAGGAGCGUAUUGGUGAUAACUGGCGCAAUCGCUACAGGACUCUUGUUACUCAUGACCCAGCUGAGUUCACCCACAUGGCCUACCUGCCAUUCCCGCAGAACUGGCCUCAGUUUACCCCGAAAGAUAAACUUGGAGACUGGUUCGAAGCUUACGCAAGCAUCAUGGAGCUCAAUGUCUGGCUCCGAACAUCCGUGGCAUCAGCUGAACGCAACGACGCAACAUCCACAUGGAAUAUCACCGUCUCUCGCGGCGACGGAUCUCUGCGUACACUCCAUCCACGCCAUGUUAUCUGGUGCACUGGGCACUCGGGCGAGGCACUUAUUCCAAAAUUUCCAGGACAGGAUUCUUUCCAAGGCGUGGUGUAUCAUGGCAGCCAACAUCGUGAGGCUUCCGAGUCCGACGUCCAUGGCAAGAAGGUUAUUGUUGUCGGAACUGGUAAUAGUGGACACGACAUUGCUCAAAACUACUACGAGAAUGGAGCAGAUGUGACAAUGUUACAGCGCAGUGGAACCUAUGUGAUCAGCGCCGAUAAAGGAGUCCACAUGAUGCACGAAGGAAUGCACGAGGAUGGCGGUCCCCCAACGGAAGAGGCAGAUAUCGUAUCUGAAAGCCUUCCAAACCCUGUGCAAUUCGCCUUGGGUGAACACUUUACCCAGCGUGUCGCAGCUACUGACAAAGAAACUCUUGACGGUCUUCGUCGUGCAGGCUUUAAACUUGACUUUGGCCCCAACGGAGCAGGAAUUCUGUGCUUAUAUUACACUCGGGGUGGUGGGUACUAUAUUGAUGUUGGUUGUAGUCAGCUCAUCGUAGAUGGCAAGAUCAAAAUCAAGCAAAGUCCCAACGGCAUCAAUGGGUUCGGGCCUCGAGAGCUGCAUUUGGCAGACGGCAGUAGCCUUCCAGCAGAUAUUGUGGUCUUGGCUACCGGAUAUGAUACCAUGCGUUCAACUGUGCGUAAGGUGCUUGGUGAUAAGAUCGCCAAUAGAUGUGUGGAUGUUUGGGACUUGGACGAAGAGGGAGAACUUCGCGGGGUGUGGCGUCCCAGUGGCCAGCAGGGAUUCUGGUAUUUUGGAGGAAACCUUGCUAUUUGUCGGAUUUACUCUAAGUUCCUAGCCCUGCAAAUCAAGGCGGUUGAAAAUGGUCUUUCGACGGGAAUCAGGCAGCAACAAAGCGAAGUAAAGAUAUAG